UGGUGUUCAAAACCUGAACGUAACCUCAAUCUUAUGAAUAUAGUUGCAAUUGUUUGGAUAAACAGAAUUUUGAAUUAAGUAAUGUUACUCCAAAAUACGAUAACGAGAAGUUUCUUCAAAAAAAUCUUCAACUCUGUUAAAGAUCCAAAGAGAAAAACUAUAAAUAAUUCUUUUGGGAAAUACGAAAUUGUAAAGCCCUGGGAUGUUUCGGAGAGAAUCAAAGUGCCCUCUUACAUUCCAAAGCCUCCAUACAGCGACAGCGGCAAACCUUCUGAUCCACCUAAUGAAAUUGAGAUUAAAAAUCCCAAUCAGAUAGAAUGUAUGCGUCACAGUUGCAUGUUAGCAAAGCGGAUAUUGCGACAAAUUCGGCCAAUGAUUGAGCCCGGAGUCACAACAGACCAUCUGGAUAAACGAGUACAUGACAUUAUAAUAAAUAAUGGAGCUUAUCCCAGUCCACUUAACUAUAAGGGAUUCCCAAAAUCCAUCUGUACAAGCAUUAAUAACGUUGCUUGUCAUGGAAUUCCGGACAGUCGACCACUGGUGGACGGAGAUAUACUCAACAUUGAUAUUACUGUAUAUCAAAAUGGUUACCAUGGAGAUUGUUCAGAAAUGUUUAAAGUAGGUAAAAUUGACAGUGAAGCAGAUCAUCUUAUAUCUGUAACAGAAUUGUGUUUGAAUAAAGCAAUCAGUAUUUGCAAACCGGGUGAAAAAUUUUGCAAUAUAGGUAAAGUUAUAGAAGAAACUGCAAAUAAACACAGUUUGACAGUCAUUCCGGUAUUUGCUGGGCAUGGAAUAGGAAGUUAUUUUCACGGACCACCGGAUAUUUUUCAUUUUGCACAUUAUCAGGAAGGAAUCAUGCAGCCCGGUAUGACUUUCACGAUCGAACCUGUGCUGACUCAGGGCAGCGAAGAUUGCAUUUUACUGGAGGAUGGAUGGACUGCCGUUACUCUCGAUAGCGCUAGAACUGCACAAGUUGAGCACACGAUCCUCAUCACCGAGGAAGGUUGCGACAUCCUUACUUGUUGAUUUUUAGAGAUAUUUGAAACUUUUAAAAUAGCACUAUACUUUUGAAGAAAACGUUUUAUUGAAAAUUCAUCGUUGACGAAAUGCGCGAUCGUUCAACCACUUAGACAUGUAAUGGUUUACUUAUUUAAUGCGAAACAAUAAAAGAGAAUUAUUUAUUUCUGGA